CUCCAAGCGCAGCUUGCGUCGCACGGCCGUCAUCGGUUGGCCUAUGAGGGCGACUGUAGCGAUCCUGUUGGUGGCGACCUAUCGGGUCGGAUACUCGUUGAAGUUGGGGAAAGCGCCAUUGCCAUGGGGAGCUGGUUCAUCACGAGGUGGUCGGUGUGCGUGUAGCCGACAGCAGGUCGCGUCGCGUUCACCCAGCAAGUUGCUCCGGUGUUCGGAAGUCAGGGGAACAGCAACGUCUGCUUCUCGACUGUCCGCUGCGUCGGAAGAUGCUGACGUUUCGACUGGCGGACUUUUCACGCAGGAAGCAGAAGGCCUUCGAGCCGACAAGGGCACUCCGGUGGGCUCGAUAGAGGGCGACAGCGCCGAGGACGCAGUUACCCCGGAGCUACUCGAUAGUUCGGAUUUCUUGCAGCCGGACGUUGCCUUCGAACAGGAGGAGGAGGAGGAGGAGGAGGAAAAUUGGCAUACCCCAGACGCUAACGGUUUUUUCGACGACGAGGGUAAUUCCGAUGUCCAGGGAUACGGAAGUGCGAAUCCCGCUGCUGCUUCUCCUGCUGCUGCUGCUGCUGCUAUUACUACUACUGCCAUCGCGGUUGAUGAUGACGAUUGUAGUGGUGACGAUGAAAGUGACGGUGGCGAUCGGCCUGUGGAGAAGGUGGCGAGGAAGAGUGGUCCGGGGGGCGCGGCGAAGGGCAAGGGUGGCGGAGGUGGAGGCGGUGCUGGAAGCUUGGAAGGGCUUUCGGCAGACGAGGUAGAACGGAGGCUGAUCGCCGCCGGAAUCUUGCGAGGAGACGGCGCCGAAAUCGACUUCGACGAGGACGACGACGGUGAGGCGGGGGUGUACAACGAGAUCGAGGUUUCCGAUGGCGAGGAGGCGUGUCGGAUCUUGGAGGAACGGCUUGGCUUCGACGAGGAGGGUAUCGGCUACCUUCGGUCUAAGUACCCCCCACUCCGAGGAGAGUUGUGGUACCGGCGCGAGCCUGCGUCCGGGGGCUCCAAGACCGGAAAGAAAUUUCUGGACGUUUACUUCGUGGAGGAGACGCUGCCGGACCUGCUGGACCUGCUUCUGGGGGAGGAAGGGGAGGGGGGGGGAAUCGGGCUCGACCGCAAGCAGGCAAGGGGGCCCGCAGAUAGCUCGCAUUCGGAACAGUUUUGGGGGGAUGUUGAUGCUGAUGUGUCGUACUACCGCGAAGCGCUAGCGUGGACAAGCGAAGACGUGGCCGCGAUGCUGGCGGAGUACCCCAACCUCCUCUCCAUAAAGAUGGAGAACGACGUCAUAGAGGUCAUCGACUAUCUGAGGACGGAGGUCGGCCUCCAGUCCUUCACGGUUAGCGGCAUGGUUAGGGAGUUCCCCCAGGUUCUCGAAGUACGACCGAAGCGCCUAAAGGCGGUCGUCAGGAAAAAGGGGACGGAGUUGGAACUUCAAGCGUUUGAGUCGAAGGAGGUGUUGGGGACUCUUUCGUCGGUGUUAGAGAUCCCUAGGAGCGGGAUCGCGGUUCUCCUGAGCCAGCAUCCUCGAGCUUGCUGCCUCGAGGCAGAGGCCAACCUCGCACCGCUGAGGCAAUUCUUCGAGAGGGAGCUGUUCGUGGAGGACACUUCCCGAAUAGGCCACCUAGUGUAUAAGUUCCCUAGGCUGCUUUUCCAGGACGUGGAUACCCAGCUCGUGCCCAGGGCAGAGGAAUUCAGAAAGGCAAUGGGGCUCGAGGGUCUGGAGCCUCUGCCACCGCGGGUACGCCUGAGACCUAAGCGCAGCAAGUUCAGUGGCGCGGGUAGAGCGAGGGGCGCCAACAGUGGCUUCCGGGAGGGGAGGGGGGCAGGCAGAUGGCCAAGUGGCCGGGGGCGGGGUGGCGGGGGAAGACCCAACGAUGGUCGGGGGGUGGGUGGCAGAGGCGGGGGCGAGUACCGGGGGCGGGGGGAGGAAUACAUGGAGUAGCUUGAAGGGUUGACUCAACCGCACUUUCUGUGCGUUGGCUGCUCUGCUGUUGUCGGGAGCGAUCGCGGACUGAGUGCUAUGCAGUAUUAUGGUGGAGGGGCGGCGUUCUGUGGCGCACCGAUCCGUCACUGGGUGAAAUCAUGCACGCAAACGAGAUUUGUGUAUACCAUAGGUACACAGACGUUUUUUGGUGUGGAGGAACGUUAAAUAACCGAGCGGCAAUAACGUUGUGAAGUACCAAGAUU